UUUUUUCUGGCUGUGUCUAGGAGCGGUACUCGUAACACUAACGAUACAGUCAUCUCCCGUUUACUACAAGUACCCCUGCAAACUACAUAACCUGCAUAAAUUCCAGGAAUAAACAUGUUGCAUAGAGGCCCAAGUAUUUUCAAACUUUUAAAGCCAUCAAGAUUGGGAUUUCAUCUUGGCUGUCAAAAAUUUCAGCUCAGUUCAUCAGGAAUUGUAAUUAACAAAGAUGUCCAGGAAGCACUAUCUUUUAAUCAACCUGUUGUUGCUCUAGAAUCCACUAUAAUCACUCAUGGUAUGCCAUAUCCUCUCAAUAUAGAAACAGCUUUAGCAGUUGAAAGUCUUAUCAAGAAGGAGGGAGCUUUACCAGCUACAAUUGGAAUUAUAGAGGGAAAAGUUUAUGUUGGCCUUUCACAGGAACAGCUUCAAAUUCUAGCUGAGAAGAAAAUUCAUUGUAUGAAAACAUCACGCAGAGAUUUCCCAUAUGUCAUGGCGAAGGGUAUAAAUGGUGGUACAACUGUCUCAGGAACAAUGCUUGUUGCACAAAAGGCUGGAAUUAAUCUUUUUGUCACUGGAGGCAUUGGAGGAGUUCAUAGAGGAGCUGAAAGUUCAUUUGACAUCUCAGCAGAUCUAACUGAACUUGGCAGGACACCAGUAACAGUUGUCUCAGCAGGAGUGAAAAGUAUCUUGGGUGGAAGAACUUUAGAGUAUUUAGAAACACAAGGUGUCUGUGUAACUGUUUUGGGACCGAAUACAACUUUUCCUGAUUUUUUCACUCGCGACAGUGGAUAUAAAGCCCCUUCUCAUGUUGACACACCAUUUUUAGCUGCACUAAUGAUGAAGAAAUGGAGAGACCUUGACUUGAAAUCAGGGAUGCUGAUUGCUGUACCUAUUCCCCAAGAGCAUGAAGCAGAAGGCCAAGUGGUCAAUGAUGCUAUAGAAAUAGCUGUCAAGGAAGCAGCAGCGUCGUCAGUUACCGGAAGAGAAGUAACUCCUUUUGUUUUACAAAAAGUUCUUGAGAUCACUCAAGGUGAAAGCCUCAAGUCAAGUAUCCUUUUGUAAGCUGUAAAGUUCAAACAUCACUUUUGUUAGUUUGGUAGUUUUGAAAUGUAGUCUAGUCAGCUUACAUAGCUCUUCUAUAACUGCUUGUCUUAGGUAUGUAUAAGCAUCCCUAAAACACAUAACUACCUAUUUUAGCAGUUUAUCACCCAACUUAACAGUUCAAACAUAAAAUAUACCUCAAACUAUCAUCUCAAAACACUCCAAUAUAAUUUCUAAGUCAUUUUACAACAUUAUGUACCCAAAACUGUUAUUCUGUAAGUAUAUCCUGUAUAACUCAAGACAGACUAUUUCUUUUGGCUAAUGUAACAUGUGCAUUGUCUGUUGUACUGCACAUAAUGUAUGUGCAUUUGAUUAUAUUUUGCUGUGUUCUAGGAUGAUUUUGAAAUUAUAUUUACUGUACAGUAUUUAUUUUAGGAUAGUACUGCUGUAUAGAGCAUAUCUAAAAUAUGUGGGUAGUUUAGUAGUAGUUUUGUCUAUAAGUAAAAAUACAUUUGUGAUAAAAAAAAUUAUUAGUAAUGUAAGUUCUUGGUUUACAUUGUUUUGUGGUUAGUCCUCACCAUCUCACAUAAAUUUAUUAAAAAAUUCUUGUUCCCUGCCCACCCACCCCUCCAUAACCCAUUUUUCUGCAGUAUUAUACCUGUGACUAGUAUUACCAAUACUUAUGUGGCCACACAGCAUUGCAAGCUGUUCUCCUCCUGUCCUGCCUGCACUUCCCACCACCUCCCCUUCCAGAAAGUAUUUAUUGGCCCCCCACCCCCUGUAACUCUUCUUUGCCUGUUUAUGCCUGAAAGCAGUGUUGACAAUGCUUCUUUAUGGUCAUGGAACAUUUGUCAAUCAUUGGAAUGCUGUUUUGAAAUUUUUAUGAAUUUUAUAUAAAUUACACAUAAACAAUAAUCCCUCAAGUAUCUGGAUUCGCAUAUCUAGAACCAAUAUUAUGCAGAUGCAACCAGAC